ACACACAGCUGAGAUGGCAGCAGCAAUAACAGUGACCGCUGAUCAAGAACCACACGAUCGUCUCAAAGCGCUCAAAGCCUUCGAUGAGUUGAAGACGGGAGUGAAGGGCCUUGUGGACUCGGGCAUCACCUCCAUCCCUCAAAUCUUUAUCCACCCUUCAGACACUCUGUCCACUUCCUCCUUCCAAUACGACCCUGACAUAAUCCCAACCAUCGAUCUCAGCGCCGUCGACGGCGACCGAAGGCCUGCCAUAGUCGACCAAAUCGCACGAGCUAGUCGCAAGCGGGGUUUCUUCCAUGUUCUCAAUCAUGGGAUUCAAUCGGAGGUUAUGGACCAAACAAUUAAAGCUGUGAAGGGAUUUCAUGAGCUGCCAACGGAGAUCAAGUCAAAGAUGUAUAACAGAGACAAGGGUCACUCUGUUUCUUUCUUUUCCAACGUUGACUUGUUUCACAACAUUGAAGCAGUUUGUUGGAGGGAUUCGCUGCAAAUCAUGGUAGGUUCAAACCGACUUGAGGAUGAAGAAAUCCCUGAAAUAUGUAGAAACGAAGUUGUUGAGUGGCAUUCACAUCUCAAACCACUUGCAGAGCUUUUGAUUGGAUUGAUAUGUGAAGGGCUUGGACUAGAUAAAGAAAGAUUGAAGGAGAUGAAGUUCUCAGAAGCCGGUGCCAUCGUCGGUCACUAUUAUCCCUACUGUCCCCAGCCUGAUUUAACUCUCGGACUUAAAUCUCAUACUGACGCAUCGAUGUUAACAAUCCUGCUUCAAGACCAUAUUGGUGGUUUGCAAAUCAAACACAACGGGAAUUGGGUCGACGUCAAACCUGUUCCAGGAGCACUUGCUGUUUUCGUCGGCGACAUACUUCAGAUGAUUUUCAAUGAUGAAUACAAAAGCGGAGAACAUAGGGUGGUGGCUAAUUCUGGUCGCGAACCACGGACUUCAGUUCCAGUUUUUUUCUAUGCUAGUAACAUGGAUGCCUCGUAUGGACCCUUGCCAGAGCUACUAUCACUGGAUAAGCCUGCACUUUAUCGGCAGUUUAGUCUGUUGGAUUUUAUUAGAAGGUUCUUCGUAGAUGAUUGGGAUGGGAAAUCUAUACUAGAUUUUUAUAGGAUUUGAUCAGUGAGACAAAGUUCAGGCAUUUAUAAGCCACUGUUACUUAUAAAACUGAUAUCCAAAAGUGUUUGAUGGGUCUUUAACUGUCAUAUCGUAUGUUAGAAACAAGCAUGUGUGAUCUGCCAAUUACUGUAAAAAAGAAAUCCUUAUUUUAUGUAUCUAAUGCUCGAAUGUAUUACUACAUAAAGAGCAAAUGUGUUAAUGUUGUCUGAAAGUGUGUGUUCCAACAUCUAUGCGAGGCACGGCGUUGGCAUGGC